AACAAGUGCUGUGCAAUCCUAACAACAUUUAGUACAAAUAACCGACAAGUUUCUUUUAAUUCCGCACUAAAUUUACUGUUUAAUCCGUUAGCCACUUGGCACUCGAAAAGAACCAAUCGUAGACAUUUCCUGAGUCUACUUCUUCUACGCCUACUGAUAUCGUUCGCCUAAACAUCGAACUUCGAGGAGCACUUAUAAACGCUGUUUUAUGGACUUUAGGAAUUAAUUUGCUUCUGUCACUGGUUUGUUUUGACUUUUAAACGUUUCUAUUUUGAAGAAGAAGGACAAGCGGAGAUGAGUUUCUUAUUCGGAAACCGUUCAUCGAAGACAUUCAAGCCGAAGAAGAACAUCCCAGAAGGCUCUCACCAGUAUGAGCUGCUCAAACAUGCAGAAGCCACUCUGGGAAGCGGAAAUCUGCGAGCCGCGGUGAUGCUGCCCGAGGGAGAAGACCUCAAUGAGUGGAUCGCUGUCAACACGGUGGACUUUUUCAACCAGAUCAACAUGCUGUAUGGCACAAUCACUGAAUUUUGCACAGAAGUCAAGUGCUCUGUAAUGUCAGCAGGGCCCAGGUAUGAGUACCACUGGGCAGACGGCACCAACAUCAAGAAACCCAUCAAGUGUUCUGCUCCCAAAUACAUCGACUACUUGAUGACUUGGGUUCAGGAUCAGCUGGAUGAUGAAACUCUCUUCCCGUCUAAGAUUGGUGUCCCUUUCCCCAAGAACUUUAUGUCAGUGGCUAAAACGAUCCUGAAGCGUCUGUUCAGAGUUUACGCUCACAUCUACCACCAGCAUUUCGACGCGGUCAUACAGCUGCAGGAGGAGGCUCAUCUUAACACCUCCUUCAAGCAUUUUAUCUUCUUUGUACAGGAGUUCAAUCUGAUCGACCGCAGAGAGCUGGCACCCCUGCAGGACCUCAUCGAGAAACUGGGCAGCAAGGAUAGAUAGACAUUGCUGUUUAUGCCACAUUGGUCAGCCUUAAUACAGUCAUGUUUCUUCUGUUCUCGUUUCGGGACCUGAAAGUGCCGUUUCUGCACUCUGAUUGUCUUUGCAAUAUCUCAGCUGUGCUUCCUCAAAGCUUGUAGAAGGAGACUUUGUGAAAUCUUUGUGUGUGUGUGUGUGUGUUUCUGUUUUUGUCAGUUUUCGUUGUCAGUAUUACACUGUAAACUUUACUUUUGACAUGUAUUGCUGGUGGAUUAGGAUAUGAAACUAUGUCAGAGUUUGUUUUUUUAUGAAAGUAAAACUAAAUCAGCUGUUUUUAGUCUCGUCCUUUUAUAAUGUUUGGAAGUAAAGGAUUUGGGGAAAUGUCAAUAUUAAUUUUUGUUGUUGUUUUGUAAGUUGAGACAAACGUCAUUUUUAUAUGUUUUCCUUUCUCUGUGAAUGCAUAAUCAAUAAUGAAGAUUAUUACAAUGUUUUCCCCCCAUGUAGUAGAUAAAUCUACUUUUAAAGCAAUAUCUAGAGCACAACGGACACAUCUGGUGUGUUUUAUUUGUAGUUAAAAAAUAAAUUUUAGAACAUUUUUACAA